AUCCAGUUAGGAAGCUGUCGUUGCUGCAUAUCUAUGGCGUCCACAACGACCUCCGAUCCCGAACACCACCAUACCUUCUCAUCUAUCGGCAAGGCAGGGAAGUCAUCUGGUGAAAUUGAGGGUAUGGAUGUGCCUCUAAUCAAUGGUCGUCGUCAGUCAGAAAAUUAUUCGGUAGUUGCUGCUAUUCUUCCGUUUCUUUUCCCUGCUUUUGGAGGCCUAUUAUAUGGAUAUGAUAUCGGUGCCACCUCUUCUGCUACAAUUAAUAUAAAGUCACUUACAUCUAGUGGCGUCUCAUGGUAUGACCUGUCGUCCGUGCAAGUUGGUCUCAUCACUAGUGGUUCGCUAUAUGGGGCUUUGAUUGGUUCUAUAUUGGCAUUUAACAUUGCUGACUUUCUAGGAAGAAGGAGGGAGCUGAUGGUUUCAGCUGCAUCAUAUAUUAUUGGUGCUUUGGUAACAACACUCGCACCUGGUUUUGCAAUUAUGGUGAUUGGGCGAUUUAUAUACGGUGUAGGAAUUGGACUGGCAAUGCAUGCUGCUCCAAUGUACAUUGCUGAGACAGCUGCUUGUCAGAUACGAGGUCGGUUGAUAUCCCUCAAAGAAUUCUUCAUCGUUUUGGGAAUGGUUUUAGGCUAUGUGGUUGGUAGCCUCUUGGUCGAUGUGAAUGCUGGUUGGCGCUAUAUGUAUGCAACUGCCGUUCCUUUCGCAGUAGUUAUGGGUAUUGGGAUGUGGUGGCUACCUGCUUCACCAAGAUGGAUUCUCCUACGUGCAAUCCAGGGAAAAGGCGAUAUGCAGGAUCUACGAGAAUAUGCCAUUUAUUGCUUACGCCGUCUCAGAGGUGAAGCCAUUAAUAACUCGGCAUCUCAAGAAGUUCAAGAGAUUCUGGUUGAACUAUCUUAUAUCAGUGAGGAAAAUGAAGCUACCUUAGGGGAGAUGUUCCAGGGAAAAUGCUUGAAAGCCCUGACUGUUGGGGGAGGUUUGGUCUUGUUCCAGCAGAUAACAGGUCAACCUAGUGUACUGUACUAUGCUGCAUCAAUUUUCCAGACUGCAGGGUUCUCUGCUGCAUCAGAUGCAACAAGGGCGUCCAUUCUACUUGGUUUGUUAAAGUUAGUCAUGACUGGUGUAGCUGUUAUGGUUGUUGACAAACUUGGGAGGAGACCCUUGCUCCUUGGGGGAGUUUCCGGCAUUGUAGUUGCGUUGUUUCUCAUGGGAUCAUUUUACACUUACCUUGGUAAUGUGCCUGCAGUGGCUGUUGUUGCAUUGCUGCUGUAUGUCGGAUGUUAUCAGAUAUCUUUUGGUCCUAUUGGCUGGUUGAUGAUUUCGGAGAUCUUCCCUUUACGCUUACGAGGGCGCGGAUUGAGUAUAGCAGUCCUUAUCAAUUUUGGCGCCAAUGCACUAGUUGCAUUUGCAUUUUCUCCAUUACAGGAUUUGCUUGGGGCUGGAGCAGUGUUCUUCAUCUUCGGAGGGAUAGCAGUCUUGGCUCUCGUUUUCAUCUUCUUCAUCGUACCGGAAACAAAAGGGCUCACUCUCGAGGAGAUCGAGGCUAAACUCCUGUAAAAAGGGUAAGCCCUCUUCCCACCGGGCCGUCUCAUUAUUUUAUAGCUAUUGAAUGUAACUUUCGAGUCUCUAAUUCGACCAUCUUGUUGUGUAUCUCCCUUAGUUUUAAGGUGUUAGUUUGAGAAUUCUCUUAAUGGAAUAAUCUUGAAAAUACACAAGAAUUUAUGUAAUAUCAAGAGCUUGAUCUUCAUCAA